CAGUGCGUUGACGUAUGAUCUAUUAUCAACGUUACGGUAGGAACAAAAAAUAUGACGUAGAGGCACACCUCCAGCUUGGAAGGACACCAGCCGGCCGAGGAGGCACCUCAGCAGCCAAGGACAGGCCGAGCACACUGGCUCCUCCGGCCGCAGCUGCGGGCUCACACUCGGUCCGGCGGAUCCCUGAGCCGACUGUUUUUACCGGCGUCUGCUGCGGCUCUCUGCCCGGGAGGACUCAUUUUCAUACCAAUAAGAGCAGCGUGGACGAUGCCCGUCUGAGAACGAGAGCUGAUCUCUGACUCAAACCGGACUCCACCAUGUCGAGCACUCACUUAGACAACGGCUCUGCAAACUCAGCAGAAGCCAAGAAAACAGACCUGAGAACGUACGAGAAGAAAUGCUCGUGGGCCUCCUACAUGACAAACUCUCCAACAAUGAUCGUAAUGAUCGGCCUGCCUGCAAGAGGGAAGACGUACAUGUCAAAGAAACUCACACGUUACCUCAACUGGAUCGGAGUCCCAACCAAAGUGUUCAACUUGGGCGUGUACCGCAGAGAGGCUGUCAGAUCUUAUAAGUCCUAUGAUUUCUUCCGCCACGACAAUGAGGAGGCCAUGAAAAUAAGGAAGCAGUGUGCUCUGGUAGCUCUGCAGGAUGUGAAGGCGUACCUGUCAAAAGAAGGAGGUCAGAUUGCGGUCUUUGAUGCAACAAACACAACAAGAGAGCGGCGAGACCUCAUUCUAGCUUUUGUGAAGGAGAAUGCAUUCAAGGUGUUCUUUGUGGAGUCGGUGUGUGACGACCCAGAGGUCAUUGCUGCUAAUAUUCUGGAAGUGAAAGUGUCCAGUCCAGACUACCCUGAGAGACACAGAGAAAGGGUAAUGGAUGACUUCCUCAAACGAAUCGAGUGCUACAAGGUCACUUACCAGCCAUUAGAUCCUGACGAUUACGACAAGGACCUAUCCUUCAUCAAGGUGAUAAACGUGGGCCGGCGUUUCCUGGUGAACCGGGUGCAGGACUACAUCCAGAGUAAGAUCGUCUACUACCUCAUGAACAUCCAUGUUCACUCUCACUCCAUCUACCUGUGUCGGCAUGGAGAGAGCAACCACAACGUCGAAGGCUGCAUCGGAGGAGACUCGGAACUUUCUCCUCGAGGGAAACAGUUCUCCCAUGCCCUACGAGAUUUCAUCGAGGAGCACAAUCUGUCAGAUUUGAAGGUGUGGACGAGCCAGCUGAGAAGAACCAUCCAGACAGCGGAGGAGCUGGGUGUCCCGUAUGAACAGUGGAAGAUACUCAAUGAGAUCGAUGCUGGUGUGUGUGAGGAGAUGACUUAUGAUAUGAUCGAGACCACAUUCCCAGAGGAGUUUGCUCUGAGGGACCAGGACAAGUACCACUACCGCUACCCAGGAGGAGAGUCCUACCAAGACCUCGUCCAGCGUUUGGAGCCAGUUAUCAUGGAGCUGGAGCGGCAGGGCAACGUGUUGGUCAUCUGCCAUCAGGCUGUGAUGCGCUGUCUGCUGGCUUACUUCCUGGACAAGGGUGCAGAAGAUCUACCAUACAUGAAAUGUCCACUCCACACAGUACUCAAGCUAACUCCUGUUGCAUAUGGUUGUAAAGUGGAAAUGUUUUAUCUUAAUGUGGAGGCAGUAAACACUCAUCGAGACCGGCCUCUUGAUAAAAUCCCGAGGGACUCUGCUCUCAUACACCGGCGGAAUAGUUACACUCCCUUGUCCAGUCACGACCAGGUCAAGCGUCCCAGGCUCUACAGUGCGGGCAACCAGCCCUGGCUCCCGCUCGCUCCCACCCCUUCAGCUCUGAUGCCAGAGGGACGGCAAAGCCAACCUCGGAUAGGAAACGGCUGUCUGAAUCCCUAUGCGAAGGAGGCGACUAUGACAGCCCCGAAGAAUCUAGUGACUGUGUCCGCUUCUGAGUGACGAUGAAAGCAUCUUUCUUCACGGCACAAUGUGGGCGAAAGCUCCGGGUUCACACAUGAAUCAAAUCAUUUUUUUAAACCUUAUCCUUGGAGACGAUGGUCAGACUAUAAGGUCUUUUUUUUUUUGUUCCUAUCUAUCUCAACAUCUGUGUUAAACCGUACUCUGCAUGUUGAGGCUAUAAACUUGAAGCCUUAUCAUUAGUAUCAUAAACACUCUCUGCAUGUGAGACAAAUCAAUCAAUGAACCAAAAUAAAAACAGGCAACUAACACUUGUUGUAAAUAUGACAAUGCCUUACUGAACUCUAAGUAUACUGAUAGUAUUAGCUCCUCUGUAUGAAUGUAACAAAAACAAGUUAUGCAUCAUGAUGAAAACCAGAUUUCUGUUAUGAAGUAGAUGCUGUAAAAUAUUUUUAUAAUAUAAAUACUCUCAUCUGCCAUGCAAACAAUCUGUGUUCCUCUGAAAUGUAUUCUUAGCAUCCUCUGUUACGUGUUAUAUUGAUUUGGUUUAGAUUUAAGGGAAAAUACUAUAUUGACUUUCUUUCUUCAGUUCUGGAAGCCGUGUAUGUUUUACGUGUUGUUAGAUAAAAACACCACAUUGCUGGACAAACUGUAAACCAGCAGCAGAGAGGGAAACUUCCAUUAACAUAUCUGAUGUAUUAAACUGGUGUACUAAAUGUUAAUCCCUUCUUCUUCUUGCCUGUAUAUUCUAUUAAGGGAUUUUGUGCAACAACGGCAUCACAAGUUAGUGGAAUGUUCGCUAUUUAUUGACCUUUGUGUUCCUCUUAUCAUUUAUUUUAAUGGCUUUAUGCAAAUGUAUCUUUCCUCCUUAAAUUCUCUUCACGUCAUCCAUUUUUGAAACACAAAAUCCUCUUAUUUUACUUUAUAACAGACGGCGGCACAAGUUUCAUUCUGACUGUAAUAUUUGACUGUAGAUAAGUUUUUGCUCAAAGCAGCCUAUUGGUGCCUUUUAAGCAGGGGAUUUUGAAGUGACAUUUUUUUUCCCCUGUAGGGGAAUGUUGGAGAAUCUUUGCAGCACAUGAUAUGUUCCAGAUGAAAUGAUCCAGAUCUGUUAGAUGUUGUUUUAUCAUUCUUGGCCUUCAUUUAAGUGAUUUUUGUUCGAUGCAAAAUCGUCUCAAAAUUCUUUAAGAUCUUGGAUUGUCUAUACUGUAAUAUUAUUAUGUUGGUCUCUUCUAUACACAUGAUAUCUACGUAAUGCACGCCUGUCUGUCCUGUGCGAGGGAUUCCUCCUCAGUUAGCCUGUCUGAGGUUCCCUCAAUAUUUUUUCACCCAUUAAAGGGUUUUACCUUAACUGCUCUGAGGGUGCAGGGACAGAGGGUGUUGUAUGUUGUAAAGCCCACUGAGGCAAAGUUUGAUUUGUGGUAUUUGGAUAUAUCCUCCUGAGACCUGAACUUUUGUUUGGUCUGCAUUUUUUAUUCCUCCUAACUAUUUUGGAUCAGAAGGACCUGACAAGUAUAAAAACUAAACAUUGUUACUGAUAAUAAAGUUCAGAUGUCCUUCAACAAGCUGAUGAUAAAUUCCCAGUGUCCUCAAAUAAGUACUUGCUAAUUAAUAGCGCCUUGGCUUGUCACUGAAAAUUGGUCAAAUUUGUUGCCAUAUCCAACUACAAACAUUAUUAAUCUUAAAUUAACAAGAUUCAACCAUAAAAUGUGAUCAGGUUUUGAACCUUGUCCACUUUUGUGUCGGGAUCGACUGCAGACUGACUUGGCCAAUGUUAGACGUGAGCUACAAUCAGGAGCAUUAGAAUUAAUGAUUAGGGGACAGAUCAGUUUGAGAUGGGUGGUCUUGGUGUCUCCUUUACACCUCACCAUAACUGGAGUGGAAAACUUAACACAAAAUUAUUCAGUCAACUGUACACAGAAAGAAGUGUAAUUGGGCUGUUUGUGUUAAAGAACUGGAAGCUAAUGUGUAGCUAUUUGGCUCCUUAACCAAAUAAAUGUGUUUUAUUCCCUUGA